AUGGGAGAGGAGCAUCACAACUCUCGCCAGGAAAACCAAACCUCUGGCAGCGCCACAACCGCUGCAGCCGGCGUACGAGGCCCUUCCCCUCGUGGUGUAGAUCCUUUUGGCCUUGGCCAAACCCAGGGGCAAGGUAACUCCGAAAAUGUUCCCCAAUCUACGCAGGGAGCAAACGCCAGACCAUCUCCUGCGGUUCCUCAAUCCCUGUCACCAACCAACAGCAAUGCAUCCCCUAGCUCCAGACCGACGUCAUAUGGUAUUUUUGACACCAACCCCGGCCAGCAGCAGCAGCCGCAUGCGUCCGCCUCCCCUGGCGACGAGUCCGUCUCUUCUCGCCAGCUUGGUUCGAAACAAAAUGUCCCAUCUGUUGGGCCCAUCGGCUCUCGCCCUAUCGUGCAGCAAUCUGCGAGCAGCCAUGCAGUUAAUGCAGCUUUGAACAAGCGCUCAACUACUCCACUUCCCUCUCCCUUGGGCUAUGGCUUCUCUCCAAAUGAGGCAGCGAACAACAAUACAAACACGAGCGGCAAUGGGAACGGGAACGGAAGUGGGAACGAGCGGUCUACUUCUUCUGCAUCCAACCCUUCAACCUCAACAAUUGCCCCGGCCUCUGGCUCGGGAGUGAAUGAAUCAUCUGGCCAUGUCGGUCUGGGCUGGGGCAAUGGAAGCGGCGUUUGGCGAUCGAAGAAUUCGUUGGGUGUCCAGGCGUCUGUCUGGGGCUAG